CAAAUUAUUCAGGACAAGAAGGAAGUCUACUUCGUGAACAUUGCCUAGGUUACAAUCUCUGUACGUAAGCCCUAAUUUCUCUCGUUCCGAAGCCCGCAUUAUUUAUUUAUACUGUACAGUUGGCUUCAAAGGUAGAGCUUGUAUUUUUAUUUAAGUCACAUUCAGUUAAAUCUGGAAAGUUCAUUGGUUAUGAGGACCACUGUUAAAUAAACUUGACAUUACAAGUGUUUUACAUCAAGUAACUGUUGCGAAAAAGUAGUUAACAUAUGAAAAUAUUUUUUGAAAAUCAACACUAUGUAUCGUAGUCGGCUUAGAAUAGUGAAUAUUUAUUGUGUUUUACAUUGUUUUAAGCGGCAAUCGUCGAUUGUACCACGGCGGUGUAUAUACAGGGGGAAAGGCGGUGGUAUAAGCGUGUUUACGACGCCUCAAAGCGCGGAUGUUUUUGUGGCUAGUUUGCACGAGGAAGAACGCCUACUGCUUCGUGAAGCUCUAAGAAUACAUGAUCAAGCUGAUGAAGACACAGGAAAGGAAAACUCAAAUCCUCCCUCAGUUAAACAAUUAAGAUUAGUUGCAUUUCAUAAUGCCAUUCCAUUUAUUGGAUUUGGGUUCUUGGAUAAUGCCAUUAUGAUAAUUGCUGGAGAAUACAUAGAUUUAACAAUUGGACUGACCCUAGGGAUUUCAACAAUGGCAGCUGCAGCCCUUGGUAAUAUUGUGUCUGAUGUCUCUGGAAUAGGCUUAGCUCACUAUGUUGAGGCAGCAACAAACAGACUUGGCUUUGAGAGCCCUAACCUUAGUUCAAAACAAACAGAGAUGCCAAGGACAAGAUUUGUAACAAACUUGGGAAGAGCCUUGGGUAUUGUUGUAGGAUGUUUUGUAGGGAUGUUUCCAUUACUCUUUUACAACAGCAAAGAAGACCAUGAAGAAAAGUCAACACACAAUGAAAGUAAACGAUGAAGUAGUUAAAAA